AUGUCCUCAAACAACACAAAUGAUGGCGGCGGCGGCACUGGCGGCGGCGACGACAAUCAGGUGGAGUUGAUUGUGGCUAUUGUUGCCCUUGUCAUUUCUGUUUUUGCUUUCAUCAUUGCCAUAUUCCAGGCUCUUCAGCAAUAUUAUGCCUCAGCAACAGGGUAUUCUUCAUGCACUCCUAAGGUCAUGGGUGACUGGGCACGAUUCACCCGUCGCCGGUUCAGAUGGUACGAAUUCCGCUUUGAAGUGGAAUUUGAAGUUCCCGUUAUCUUCGUCGCGCCUCCAACGAACCACAGGGGCCCUCUCGGAUUGCAUGAAGAGAAGGAGAUCACCUACAUGACAGGAACAUCUGACAGUUACAAGAAGACGUUCACGUGGGAUCAGAGGCAGUACGAUGAGGUCGACAAGAGCCUGCGAGCUGGGAAUAGUCGCCAGGCCAUCCAUACAGCAGACAACGAGCUUGCCAACUGGCUGGGGCUCUUGAUGGCCAUCCAGCGUAUGGAGAGAGAGUCACGAACCUGGCAGGACAACGAGUACUUCGGACACAACAACCCCCAGUGGGAAGACCAGACACCAUGUCACCCUCACGCGCCAACUACCUAUGUUACCUAUUCACUCACUGUGGGGAUGCAACGAAAGAAAAAGUCUUGGGACAGCAUGCCGGAUAACUUAAAGAAACCUUACGCCACCACCACCAUCACCCAUAUAGUUGAGAUUGCUGGGAUGCUAGGAGUCCACUGGAAAGAGUUCAACAGAAAUGAGGAUCGCUAUCGCGCGCAGGGCAAUGGAUUCAGUAUCACUGGCUAUGAUGUCGACGACCUUGGCAUCGUCUUCACCUUCAAGAAGACCGGACCGACUUGGUUCCAUGAGAACCGUGUCGUUCCCAAUAAUCGCGUCAAGGAACUUUGCUUUGGGUACUGUCCCACGAUCUUCCGUAAGGACAAUAGCAACAACCACAAGUACGCUGAUGAGCCUAAAGACAUCGGAACACUCCAGCUUGGGAUUGCGUUCGAGAUCCUAGGCAUGCUUGGAGUUGUGCUCCAGAUUCCUGGUACUGCGUUCCGUAUGCUCCCAAAUCCGACUAUCUGGCAUUGGGACAGAAAGGCAUUUUCGCUGCGCACAUUCCUUGGUGAUUAUGUUCAUGCCAUGAGCGAGGCAUCAGCCAACGAACCCAGGUUGAAGGUCAAUGAAAGCUCAUGUGUUGGUACAAUCAUCAAGGAUGCCAGCAAGAUUGAGGACAAAUUCCUAGAGUUGGAGUCUCGAGAUGGUCCUGAAGCAGUCCUAAGGCCCACUGACAACACGGAAGAAAGGAUCUACUCUAACGACCUCGUUAUGGCUCUGCAUUCGGCCAUUGCCCGGUGCGACGAAUUUCUCACACACCCCAGCCGGAUCAACCUCGUCCAGAAUGUUUUGCGUGUUCACCUGCAAGAGAUCCUACGAAUUCUAAAUGACACAGACGGAGAAUACAAGGCCGUGAUGAUAGCCACGAGGGAUAAGAGCCGAGCGAACAAAGAUCAUCUCAGUGAUUUUGUCCUUCCGGGUGCAUCUUCUAGUGUCCCGGUGAACGAGGAAAGCGAAGAGGUUCAGAAGGAGAUAUCCCUCUUGCAGAAACUCGACUCGGCUUCGUCCAGUGAGCGGCACAGCGUCCUUGCUGAUAUCUAUCUGUUCUCGGUCCGCAAGCGCGUUAUCGAGGUUGUCUGCAAGCAUAUGCUCAUUGACAAGGCCCGGAGAGAGCGAGGGCCCAGGUCAAUUAUUUCUACAGCUUCUGGAGAGCCACAGCGUUACGACCAGGAGCAACAAAUCAACGACGUUUGGUGUAUGCUCGUGUUCAGAAUGAUCUGCUGGCUACUUCUUCAUGACUUUCACGGCAAAGACAUUCAGGUGGAGAAGAGUGAUGCAUUUGGCAGCCGUUUGUCUGUGUACAUCACGUAA